ACCGCGCCAGCCAAUCGCGGGCGGCCGGGGUCUAGGCACCACCGUGGCCGGCGGCCUGCCGGGGGCGCUGUGGCCCGCCGGGCGGCCCCUCAGAGCCGCCAUAGCCUCCCGGGUUCCCCAAACCAACGACUCCGCCGUCCGCUCUGCGGCGCCGCCAUGGCCGAUGUGGAAGACGGCGAGGAACCCUGUGCCUUGGCCUCUCACUCCGGGAGCGCAGGCUCCAAGUCGGGAGGCGACAAGAUGUUCUCCCUCAAGAAGUGGAACGCGGUGGCCAUGUGGAGCUGGGACGUGGAGUGCGAUACGUGCGCCAUCUGCAGGGUCCAGGUGAUGGAUGCCUGUCUUAGAUGUCAAGCUGAAAACAAACAAGAGGACUGUGUUGUGGUCUGGGGAGAAUGUAAUCAUUCCUUCCACAACUGCUGCAUGUCCCUGUGGGUGAAACAGAACAAUCGCUGCCCUCUCUGCCAGCAGGACUGGGUGGUUCAAAGAAUUGGCAAAUGAAGUGGUUAGAAGGCUUCUUAGUGCAGUUGUUCAGAGCCCUGGUGGAUCUUGUUAUCACAUGCCCCACAAAGGCUAGAGCACUCCAGGGGAUGAAUUCUUCAAAUAGGAGUCGAUGGAUGUGUGGUCCUUUGGGACUCAUCAAAGGCUUUGUUUAGCAUUUUGUCAGUUUUGUUUUCAGAAAUUCUCUGCAAUUAAGAAGAUAAUUUAUUAAAGAUGGUCCUUCCUACCUCUGUGGCAUGUGUCGCACACACAGCUUAGAAGUGCUAUAAAAAUGGAGAGAACUUCAGAUUGAAUCACCUUUAUAAUUUACCCAUUUCUAUACAACUGGCUGUGGAAGCAGUUUCAUUCAGAAAACUUUGCAUGUUUAUGGUUGAUCAGCUAAAAAGAAUGUUACAGUAACAAAUAAAGUGCAGUUUAAAACCCAACUUCUAUUAAUUUGUUCCUAAUAUGUAUUUUUGGCAGUGAUAGAGAGCGGUCCAUGAAAUCUUGAUGUGAUAUGAGGAUUUUAAGUUAGGGCCAGUAAGCAGGAUAAAUAAAAUUUAACUUUUGGGCAUAUGGAAUUUUGAUGGUCUUUUAAGUUAUUAUUCUGUAUCAUUGAUUCAUCAAGAAAACAUAGAUCUGCACUCACCUUGCUGUUCAAUCAUGAGUGGUAAAGGACAGAAUUAUUUUCUAGUUCUGGUCAGAUGAUGUAAAUUUUUUUUGUUCUGUUUUUUAGGUGAAAUGUCUUUCUGUCACCCAGGCUGGAGUGCAGUGGCACAGUGCCAGCUCAUUGCAACCUCCGCCUCCCAGGUUCAAGUGAUUCUCCUGCCUCAGCCUCCUGAGUAGCUGGGAUUACAGGCGAGUGCCACCACACCCGGCUAAUUUUUGUAUUUUUAGUAGAGAUGGGGUUUCCCCAUAUUGGCCAGGCUAGUCUCAAACUCUUGACCUCAGGUGAUCCCCCCACCUUGGCCUCCCAAAGUGCUGGGAUGAUGUAAUUUAACUGUGUUUUAGGUAACAUGGUAAUGAGGGAAAAUGUUUACCAGUGUUACAUUGGAUCAAAAAGUUUAUCACACAAUGUUUUAAUAAAGUUUAUUCUGUUUACCUCA